CAAAUGCGAGCGGAGCGGAGACGGAGCAGUCGUGGUGUCAGCUGAGGAGAGAUGGCCUCGGUGUCCCCCCCUGCAGCCUCCUCGCAGCCUACCCUGCCCUCCGGACUCGCCGUCUUCAAAACCGUCCCCUACGCCUUCAUGUUGCCGGAGAUAGUCUGUGGGACGUGGGUGUGGAUCCUUGUUGCUGCUACCUCUGUCUCCUUCCCACUGCUGCAGGGAUGGGUGAUGUACGUGUCCCUCAGCUCCUGCCUCAUCUCCCUGCUGCUCCUCUUAAGCUACAUCUUCGGCUUUCACAAAAACAGUGAGAACUGGAAAGUGCUGGACAGUUUGUACCAUGGUGCCACGGCCAUUCUAUACAUGAGUGCUGCUGUCUUGCAAGCCAAUGCAACCAUCCGCUCCGAGUCUGAACUCGACUCACCCCUUUACUACCAGCUCAACAGCGCUGCAUCGUUCUUCGCCUUCAUCACGACCUUCCUGUACAUCCUCCACGCCUUCAGCAACUACUACCAGUGAGCCCAGCAGCACUGGCUUCACCUCUGCAGGAUGAGGGCGUUCCCAGUGCCAGGGAUGCAGCUGUCUUCCACUAAGGUGUCCCUGCCCUGGCCCUGUCACCUACCUGAUGGGGACAGCAGAUGGUUUUUCACUUCACUGAAGGGAGGAUAUUUGUACAGCAGUGCUGUGUCGGUGUGCCUGUGGGACAUUUCAUGCCUUGCCCAUGGGCUAUGCAAGGGGAAGGACUGGGUGCAGGCUCUGAGA